GAUGAGUUAUUCUUCAAAACAGUCAGAAAAUCCCAAUAUUGAACUAAAUCAACCACCUUGUAAGUAUGGAAGAAAUUGUUAUCGGAAAAAUCCUCAGCAUUUUGAAGAAUACUCUCAUUCAGAUGCUACAGUAUUGGCUGCUGAUCAUACGACGAACGCAAGCAUCUCCAGAGAUUCAGGAGAUGCAUCAACUGAUGAAAGUUUCUAUGGCAUUUAUCUUUUCCGAGUAUCUGGUGUGAAGUACGGACGAAUUCCUACAAUAACCUUAAACGAAAUUCUUAAUUCCUCUAACGAUGAACUUGUAUCUUCAGUUCAAUUUAAUUAUAUGUUUGAUAUACCCUGGCUAAGAGAACAAUAUCCUAAACGCUACAGAUCACUACCACUCACUAUUGUACAUGGUUUUCAAGGAACUAUGAAAAAAUCAUUGGAUGAAUCUGCUGCAAAUUACAGCAAUAUACAGAUUUGUCAAGCCCCAAUACGUUUACCCUUCGGUACACAUCAUACAAAAAUGAUGAUACUCAAAUAUAAAGAUGGUUUAAAAGUUAUAAUUCAUACUGCGAAUAUGAUAUCAGAUGAUUGGGAUCAAAGAACUCAAGGAAUUUGGAUAAGUCCAAAAUUAAAGUUGUUAAGCAUGGAACAACAGAAGAACAUAAACAAUACCGAUUCAACCACUAAUUUUCGUGCAGAUCUAAUUGAGUAUUUAAAAUCAUAUGGGACAGAUUUAACCCAGUCGACUAGUUCACCCUUAUUUGAAUGGAUUAAUUGUUUGCACAGUUACGAUUUUCGACCAAUUAAGGUUGUAUUAAUUGCGUCAGUCUCAGGAAGACAUGUUGGCGAAUCACUGAGGAAAUUCGGUCAUACACGUUUAGCAGAGGUAUUAAACAUGAGUAAUAGCCAAAUUCCUUCAUCUUGGCCAGUGAUUGGACAGUUUUCAAGUAUUGGUUCUUUAGGUCCCAAGCCUACUGAUUGGUUUACUACUGAAUGGUCUUCAAGUUUAGCCGGUAGAGGUGCUAGAGGUUUACGAAUGAUUUAUCCGUCUGUCGAUGAUGUCCGUAAUAGUUUGGAAGGUUAUUUCGCCGGUGGAUGUCUACCAUAUACCAAGAAAACAGCUGAAAAACAACCAUGGCUUUCUCAGUUCUUUUAUCGUUGGCAGGCAUUCGGACACAGUCGAGCUGCUCCUCAUAUUAAAUCAUACUGUAGGAUGUCACCAGAUGGUCAACAAAUAGGUUGGUUUCUUUUGACUAGUGCAAAUCUUUCAAAAGCUGCUUGGGGUGCUUAUGAAAAGUCAAAAAGUCAAUUAAUGAUUCGUUCAUAUGAAUUAGGUGUUUUGUUUUUGCCAAGAAAUUAUAAGGAAUCAGCCCAUACAUUUGAUGUUCUAAGAAAUUCCAACUAUACUCAAUCAUCAACAAAUGAAUUGUUACCCUUUCCGGUUCCAUAUGAAUUACCUCCGGUGAAAUACGAGUCAAAUGAUGAACCAUGGAUUUUAGAUAAACCUCAUGGUCUACCUGACAUAUUUGGUCGAGUUUGGCAACCCCCUUGAAUAUUGAAUCAAAAAUCAGCUUUUAUUGAAGAUGGUAGAUUUGUUUGAACUUCCGCUAAAUAACCUUGAAAUUUAUUGCAUCAAUCAUUUGAUUGCUGAAUGAUAUCUCUUUGAGUAAUAAUGAAAUGAUCUUUAUUCUACAUUUCAUUACAGUUACUUUUUAUUUGUUUCUUCUUGACAGAGAGGAUAGUUAAACAGAAAAGGUGAAUAAUCAGUCCAGUAAAAAUUCUUCUAUAUAUAAAUGAAUAUUCCCAGAAUUAUAUUUUAAAAUUUAAUUAUACACUUUUUUUUUUAAAAAAAAUUUGUCCUUCCUAAUUUUUUUAAUAAAACUAAUUUUGAUUCUGUCUAUAUUCAAUCUAAUAAAAUUCUUCUGAAUUUACUACUUCAAGUAUUAUUUUUUUCUCUCCUUUACGAAAAAA